AUGCAUAAGGCAAGGAGCAUAUCCCCCCAGGACUGUGAGCACCUACUGGCGAACACAGUCACCGAGACCUUUUCCUUGGGAACGCUACCCCCAAUCCAUUACCUCAAUGAGUCUGUGCUAGGGCAAACAGCCUCUGAACGUGCUGACCGGGAAACAAUCCUGUCCCAGAACAUCGGCUCUCACUCCAACCUCAUCUCGGGGGUGUACGAGGGUGACUUACACAUUUGGGAGUGCACCAUUGACCUCCUUGAGCACCUGGAGAGCGAUGGAGAGACCUUCUCUGGGAAACGAGUGCUCGACCUUGGCUGUGGGGCUGGAUUGCUAGGAAUCUUGGCUCUAAAGUGAGGGGCCAAGGAGGUUCACUUCCAGGAUUACAACAGCACAGUAGAGGAACUGACGCUGCCAAACGUGCUGCUUAACGGCGAUGACAAUGAUGAGGAUGAGGAAAGGGACUCGGACGGCUCAGCCUCAAAGAAGAAAUCACCAGAGCUCCCCCCACAGGCAGGACUGGCCAGGUGUAGGUUCUUCUCAGGAGACUGGGCCAGCUUUCUUCCCCUUGUGCGGAGCAGCGAGCCACUUCUACAGUACAAUCUCAUCUUCACCUCAGAGACAAUCUACAACACAGCCUACUAUCCCUCCCUGCAUGAGGGGUUCUUGCAGCUUCUCACACCAGCAGGCCUUGUGUACCUGGCUACCAAGGCACAUUACUUUGGGGUUGGGGGAGGCCCGAGUUUUGUGGAACAGAAAGCUGUUUUCAACAUCAAGAGCCAGGAAGGAGGGCUUAAGAGGCACGUGAUGGCUUUGAGCUUCAAGAAGAGACACUAA